AUGUCUAAAAAUAACAAGCGAUACCUUUCUUUACACGAACUUGAGCGUCUAUCUGAAAAUAAUUUUAGCGAAAUAAGUGAUUGUGAAUUUGGUGAUUUAGAUGCCCAUCCAUUUUACACUAAUAUUUCCUAUAACAAUGAAUAUUCUUCAGAUUGUGAAACACAAACAAAACAGCAGAAAGAUGAUAAUUUUACAAGUCAACCAAGAAUUCAAGAUGAACAGUUGAAUUUGCAAAUAAACGAAAGUGAAUCUGAAAUUGAAGAUCUAAAUAAUAUGAGAUAUGGUAAAUUCUCAUAUAGGGAAUUUACAGGCAAAUGUUAUAUGGAAUAA